AUGAUCAAAUGGCUAGUGAUUAUACUGGUCCUUUUGUCGCUGCAAAAUCACUUCGGAGAACUCACAGAAGCUGAAAACUUCAUUGAAGAUCAGAUAACAGGCAAGAUUGACAUCGAGUCUGGGGGAAUGGCAGUGAGCAGUGCAACGUCCUAUCCGUUUUAUGUCUACGUUCGAGUCCUGAAAGAUGACAACUCGUACUCCAGCUGUGGAGGCACGAUCGUCAGCAAGCACUUCGUCAUAACAGCAGCGCACUGUGUAAACAACGAGGACUCUAAAUCCAACGGAAAAGAUAAAACUAGUUUAGGUAGCCUUACUUUUGACAUCGACCACGAAGAGUCGCAUUCUAAGAAGUACUUGGUACAACACUACUACCGCUUUAAGAACUUCGAUCCAAAUGUAGACUUGACUCAUGGAUAUGAUAUUGUGGCACUUAAGCUCAAGGAAGAAAUCAGCUUCGACAACUAUCGACAGAAACUGAAUCCAUGUCAAGGCAAAGUGGGCUCCAAGGAUGUGGACGACAAUCAAGUAUGGGCCGUUGGAUUUGGAUACACCGACAGCCAUGGAACUAGACCAGACAAGCUAAUGGAGGUUCAGCUGAACGAAGUGGAAAAUUCAGUCUGUAUAAAUACGUACAGUAGUUCGCCAACUCCGCCUGAAGGCAGUCAAAUUUGCACAAAGGAUUCUUCUGGAAAAGACACAUGUCAAGGAGACAGCGGCGGCCCAAUAUUUUUGGUUAAACCCGGAACUAAAAAGGCCAUAUGUCAUUACGGAGUGGUAAGCUAUGGCCCAGGAAAAGACAAAUGUGGCAAAGACGAUCCCUCUGCUGCAUCCAGAGUCAACUACUACAUCAACAUGUUCGACAUUGCACACGACAAAGUCACGAAAGACACUGUCAAAGUCAAAUUCGGAUACAAACCGAGAAAUGCAAAGGAAUUUGCAUGUAUGGUUCAACUGGCGACGAGUCUAAAAACGUUUUCCGGUGUUGUGUUCAUGUCCAUGAUAGCUAAAUAA